AUGCUCUUCCAGGGCAACCUGUCAGCUCCCAAUGGCUCAGGCUCUGAUCCGUCCGUGUUCUUCCUGAUGGGCAUCCCGGGGCUGGAAGCUCUGCACCCCUGGAUCUCCAUCCCCUUCUGCUCGAUGUUCACCAUGGCCCUUCUAGGAAACUGCACCCUCUUGUAUGUUAUCAAGACAGAGCCCUUCCUACACAAGCCCAUGUUCUAUUUCCUCGCCAUGCUGGCCGUCAUCGACCUGGUUUUAUCCACCACCACCGUGCCGAAAAUACUGAGCAUCUUCUGGUUUAAUUCCAGGGAGAUCAGCUUUAAUGCCUGCCUGGUGCAGAUGUUUUUUCUUCACUCGUUCUCCACUCUGGAGUCUACUCUGCUGCUGGCCAUGGCCUUCGACAGGUACGUGGCCAUCUGCAACCCCCUGCGGUACGCCACCAUCCUGACCAAUUCAGUGAUAGCAAAGAUCGGGCUGGCGACUUUGGCCCGGGCUGUUCUGCUAACGUUCCCUCUGCCCUUCCUCGUCAGGAGGCUGCCCUACUGCGGGUCACACAUCAUCUCCCAUUGCUACUGUGAGCACAUGGCCGUGGUGAAGCUGGCCUGUGCCGACACCAGGUUCAAUAAUGUCUAUGGGAUCAUCGUAACUGUCUUCAUCGUGGGGCUGGAUCUGAUGUUCAUCUCCCUAUCGUAUGUCAAGAUCCUAAGGGCUGUCUUAAGCCUGGCAUCCAAGGAAGAGCAGCUCAAGGCUUUCGGCACUUGUGUUUCCCACCUUUGUGCCAUCUUAGUAUUCUACAUCCCCGUGGUCCUCUCCUCAACAGUACACAGGUUUGGGCGCCAUGUCACCCCACACGUACACAUCCUGCUGGCCAAUUUCUACCUCCUCUUUCCUCCCAUGAUGAACCCCAUCGUGUACGGUGUGAAAACCAAACAGAUUCGUGACCGGGUGCUUCUCCUGUUCCGAGGGAAAAGCUUCUAGGCUGACCAGGAGGGGGCUGCUGAGCGAUCAGGAAGCAGAGGAUGCAGGAGAGGUUUUCUGAGUAACCGAGACAGCAUGUUUGUGGGGGCUUUGUGUACGCUGGGAUGGGAACUGUAUC